ACGAUAUUUGCGAUGUGGGCGGGCUUUGGUCGCUGUGAGUUGGGCAUGAAUCUUGGGGAAGGAGUUAUUGGAAGACAGGACAAUUGAUGACCAAUGCCUCGAAUCAAUAAGACCAUCAUUUUGACCCUGCUAACUGUGAUAAGUUUCAUAUUUCUGUUGUUUCAGCUGUAUUAUUAUAAAGAGUACUUUUCAUCAAAGAAUGGGUCAUACAUUUCUGAUUCCAAAGAAAGUUAUUCCAUGGAAGACAGUGUGCAUUGGAAAGUGGUCAAAAAGUUUCUUGAUUUGGCAUCGAUCCACAACAUUCCUUUAUAUCUUAUUGAUCCACUGGUUUUGGGACGGAUGAAUGAAAAUGUUCAGAAUGAAAAUCCCGACAGUAGGUUGAACUGCAAGUAUCUGUGUAUUCCCAGAGGGUUCACCACGUUUGCGCUAUUGGACAAAUUUUGGAAAAAUGAUGUGUUUCUGAAGAAAGAAGCUGAAGAGGAGGGUUUUCAAUGGAUGGAGUUGAGUGGUAAAGAUCCACGACUAGCUGGAAUGGGUGAUCUCUCUGGAACAGAAAUUCCAUUGCACUGCAUCUUUAAACUACAGAAUCAUGCCAUCCACUUGGUGGUAUUUUAUGAAAGGAGUGGCAAUUUCCUAUGGCAUGGGCAGCUGCGGCUCAAGCAAAAUAUGGACAAAACUUUUGUCCAUUUCCGCAAGCUGCAUUUUGGACGUUACCCUGGAGCCUAUAGCAAACCUAAUCUACACCUGGCUUCAAUUGAUGGACUACAAAUCCAAGUUCCUAAGCAAAUAGCAAACUUUCUAGAAGAGGUUUCACAAUCUAGGUUUGUUGAAUGCAGAUACAAGGAAGCAAGAAUGUUUUAUCAGGUGUACCCUGAGGACACAUCACAAGAUGCUAUGGAAUUUAAAAAAAAGGCAAAGGAUUUGCUUCACCUGGCUGCAAAGACAUUGAAUGGACAGGAAAUGCCAUUCUGGCUCAGCAGUGGAACAUGCCUAGGAUGGUUCAGACAAUGCAAUAUCAUUCCAUACAGUAAAGAUGUGGACUUGGGAAUAUUCAUAAAGGAUUAUAAAGUUGAUAUUAUCACAGCAUUCCAGAGGGCAGGACUGCCACUGAAACAUAAGUUUGGUAAAGAAGAUGACAGCCUGGAGCUUUCCUUUCAAGCAGCAGAUGUGAAAUUGGAUAUAUUCUUUUUCUAUGAAGAGGAUGAUUACAUGUGGAAUGGAGGAACCCAGGCGAAAACUGGGAAAAAAUUCAAAUACAUAUUUCCUAAAUUUACCUUGUGCUGGACUGAAUUUCUGGAGCUGAAAGUGCAAGUCCCCUGUAAAACACUCCCAUAUGUGGAGGCAAACUAUGGUAAGAACUGGGCAAUCCCUAUAAGCAAUUGGGAUUGGAAAAGUUCACCAGCUAAUGUGCAAGAAAAUGGAAUUUGGCCUAUCCAGGACUGGGAUGAAGUCAUCCAAAUACAUUGAGCAUGGCUUAUAAAUGAAUGCAGUGAUGAUAGGAAGCUUGACGUUAUACAAACUUAACUGUACGGAAAAGGGCAGUCCAAUUAUAAUUCCUUCUCCUAAAACAAUUGCUGAAUGCUUGUCACAGUACCUGAAACUGAGCAGGUCGAUGACGUCAACUGCUGUUAUUGGUGUUUAAAGAUUUUCCUUUGAUUUGUAAAAUGAGUUCUUCUUCAUAAGAAAGACUAUUUGGAAACCAGAACUGAACUGACAUUUUAAAGAUUAUAUUAACUGAGCCUUAAGUUUCACAACUGGAAUAACAUUCUAACAGUAAAAGUAGUAGUUUAGAAUAAUUUUGUUA